ACUCGUUGGCAAGCAGCAGAACUUCGACUCGUGGUCGUCGAUCAGAGUCACAAAGGACACGCCAGGCGAGCUUCCCGCGCAGAGACGGUGCCAGAGGGUUCGAAGUCGCCGCGCUCUCGUUUCGGUCCCGCGUGGUCAGGAUCGGUCACUCCCAGGAGGGAUCACAGCGCAAUAUGUCGAAUCAGAACGAGCCUUUCUACCUCCGAUACUACUCGGGUCACUCUGGGCGGUUUGGACAUGAGUUCUUAGAAUUCGAUCUUCGCACUCUCGGUGAUGGACGAAGCGCUGCUGUGAGAUAUGCGAACAACUCCAACUAUCGCAAUGACUCGCUCAUCCGCAAAGAGAUGUGCAUCAGCUCUGCAAUGAUCCAAGAGGUGAAGCGCAUCAUCAAAGAAAGUGAAAUCAUGAAGGAAGAUGAUUCCAAGUGGCCACAGAAGAACAAGGACGGGCGACAAGAACUGGAGAUUAGAAUUGGCAACGAGCACAUUUCCUUUGAGACGGCCAAGAUUGGUUCGUUGGUUGACGUGACCGAGUCUGCAGACCCAGAGGGUCUCCGCGUCUUCUACUACCUCGUCCAGGAUCUCAAAGCGCUCAUCUUCUCUCUCAUCUCUCUCCACUUCAAGAUCAAGCCUAUCUAAUCGCGCAUUCUCCGGGGUGAAAUGUUGGGGGGAGAGGGGAAAUAAUGGCGACAUGACAUUGGCGUUUCCAAUUGAUCACAAUGGGACUUUAGAAAACCAAAAUAGCUCUGUAGUUCUUUU